AUGAAGGGAUCGCCUGAACGUGAGCGCGCGGCGCCACACUCGCCGGGGGUCGCAGCGGGGGCGGCGCAGUCCAUCCAGCCGUCUUCCCCCAGGUUCUUCCUGUCAUCGGUCGCGGCGGCCAACCCUGCAGCGGGAUCGCACCGCCGCAUCGCGAUCGCGGUGGAUCUGAGCGAUGAGAGCGCCUUCGCCGUCAAGUGGGCGGUACAGAACUACCUCCGCCCCGGCGACGCCGUGAUUCUGCUCCACGUCCGGCCAACCAGCGUCCUGUAUGGCGCCGACUGGGGGUGCAUCGACAGCUCCGUCGCUGCCGCGGAGGACGGCUCCAAGGAGUCGCAGCAGAAGCUGGAGGACGACUUUGAUGCAUUCACCACUACGAAGGCGCACGCCGUGUCCCAGCCUCUGGUGGAUGCUCAGAUCCACUUCAAGAUCCACAUCGUCAAGGACCACGACAUGAAAGAGAGGCUCUGCCUGGAGGUGGAGCGGCUAGGGCUCAGUGCCGUGAUCAUGGGAUCGAGGGGCUUCGGCGCGUCGAGGAGGACCAGCAAGGGCCGCCUGGGCAGCGUCAGCGACUACUGUGUUCAUCACUGCGUGUGUCCUGUUGUGGUGGUCCGCUACCCCGACGACAAAGAUAGGGGCGGCGCCGCUGGUUCUGCAUCGGACGGCAGCUCAGGGAAGACGGUAGAGAAGAACAUUCUUGUAGAGCUACAACCUGUGCUCGAGGAGCCGGAGGACAAUGAUGCUUCGGAUGAGCACAAGGGUGAGAGCCUUCUCCUCCUCGUCUUUGCCCCUUGCUUUUGCUCCGUUCCAACAUUCCACAUUCCGGCGGAGCGUACCAAUUUCCCUUUAACUCAUUUCAGAUCAUGA